ACGCGCCCUCUACAACGCUUGUGUCUUUUCAGCCAUGUGCCGUUUUCACGCGGUGCUGCGUUUUAUUUACUGUUGUAAUGUUACAGUUAUAUGACUAGUAGUUAGCAAGUUACACAGAGUGUAACUUAUCAUUAAAGACAACACAGGAUGUCUGGAUCUAACACCAAUACCUCGGUUGGCAGUAUCACUCCUGCACAACGAAUGAUUUGUUCCUGCACGGGAGCCUUGGCAACAUCGUUCUUCGUUACACCGCUGGAUGUUGUGAAGAUUCGCCUGCAAGCUCAGCAAAAAGCGUUUAUCAAGAACAAGUGUUUCUUGUACUGCAAUGGCUUGAUGGAGCACACAUGUUACUGCUUGAAUGGCAAUGGGAAUGGUCAGCGCACUGCACCCCAGAACCAAAGUCAAGCAAGUAUGUUUGGUUCAUCAAGACACUGGUACCGGAGGCCUGGCGAUUUUGAAGGAACUCUGGACGCGUUUGUAAAGAUAACCAGAAAUGAAGGCAUCAGCUCCCUCUGGAGUGGCUUGCCUCCAACCUUGGUAAUGGCUGUGCCAGCCACCGUAAUCUACUUCACCAUAUAUGACCAAUUUAAGGACCAGCUGAACUUGUGGUUGCAAACUGCUCCAGGACGCCAACCUACCUGGGUGCCUGUUCUCUCAGGGGCAACAGCCAGAGUCUUUUCUGCUACAGUGAUCAGUCCAUUGGAAAUGGUUAGAACGAAGAUGCAAUCGAAGAAGCUGAGUUACUUAGAGAUUGGACAAGCGGUGCGAAGUCUGAUUCAAGCAAGAGGAUUCAGUUCUCUUUACACUGGUCUUGGCCCAACUCUCCUUCGUGAUGUUCCAUUCUCUUCCAUUUACUGGGCCAACUAUGAGGGCCUGAAGCAGUAUUUCGGCCAACAAGAGCCGACUUUCCAUUUUAGUUUCAUCGCUGGAGCAGUCUCAGGAACAGUUGCUGCAGUAAUAACACUGCCAUUUGAUGUCAUCAAGACCCACAAGCAGAUAGAGCUUGGAGAGCUGGAAUUGCUGUCAGUUAAGAAACCAUCAUCAACGUACACCUUGUUGAGGAACCUAUACAGGAGUCAAGGCCUGCACGCCCUGUUUACCGGCAUUGUGCCACGUAUCAUUAAGGUGGCACCAGCAUGUGCAAUCAUGAUCAGCACCUAUGAAAUUGGCAAGAACUUCUUCCGACAAAAGAAUGCCCUGAAACGCGGGCAGGGCCGAACCAUGUCUUCCACCUCGUAGAGCACACUGUGAUUUAGUGAUGAAGUGUACAUAGUAUACAACAGCACUACUGACUGUGGUCGUAAACGGGACGGUGCUGUUUUUAGGUCGAAUAAAAGUGUACAUAAUAUUGUA